CCGGCCUUCUGCGGUUGCCAGGUAACCAAGGUAAACAGCAGGAAGUCGCAGGAUCAUGGCUACUAACUACAGUGCCAACCAGUAUGAGAAGGCUUUCUCACCCAAGUAUCUGCAGAACUGGUCUCUCGCCAAGCCAACAAAAGAGAACAUUCCUUCCCACGAAGGCUACACACAGAUUAUCGCCAACGACCGUGGUCAUCUGCUACCUUCAGUGCCCCGUUCCAAGGCAAGUCCUUGGGGUUCCUUCAUGGGCACCUGGCAAAUGCCUCUGAAGAUACCCCCUGCUCGGGUGACCCUGACAUCCCGCACAGCUGCUGGUGCCGCCUCCCUCACCAACUGGAUCCAGAAAAAUCCUGACCUACUCAACGCCUCCAACGGGCUGCGUCCAGAAAUCUUAGGCAAGCCCCAUAAUCCAGAUAGUCGGAAGAAACCCAGGAAGUCUGUACAACAAGCACCAAGUCCAACCAUAAUUCCAAGCUCCCCAGCCUCAAACCUCAGUUCCCCAGAUCAACCCCAAAGCGCCCACCCCUCUGCAGGUCACACUCCAGGUCCCCUCAGCACAGCCAGCUCUCCUAGGAGCCCAUGGAAGCCCAUGCGGAGAACACUGGGCAGGUCCCCUCUAGCCGGGGUCCAGAAAUGCAAAUACCCAGUGCCAGUGUCCCUCAUGAACACCAUCCCUCACUACAAGGACAAGAACGAGGACACAUGGUUUGGGCUCAAGGAGGCCCACGGAGACUUCUAG